CAUUUAGUUAAUACAAACUUAUUAAACACUAACUUAGCUUUUGCAGUUACAGUACAUUACUUAUUGCGUUUUUAUUUAUUUUUGUGUUGUAUUAUUUUCGCCAUGCCACGCACUAAGCCAACCACAACUCUCGAUGUUUUGGGCAACCUGGAUUUGAAGCCCGAGGAGGCGGUCGGCGAUUACCUGUUAUCAAAAGCGCAGCAAAAAUACUUUGUGAAACCGCCCAAUGCUGAUGCUGCUGGAGACUCCAUCGAGUUGAUGUACAUUCAUAAUUCGCGGGAGCAUGAAAUGAUGCUAAGGUUGCAGCAGGAUAUGUUAGAAAAUUGCAAGCAGCAGUCAUCGAUCAACUCGGAGCGAGUGAAAGAAAUGUAUAAGACUCAAGAGCAUCUGAGGCAACGAUUCAUUGAUGUGAACAGCUUCAUCAAGGACUGUUCCGAUAAGAAGCGAAUCGCAGAGAAGGCCAUUAACGAUGAGACUCAGCUGCACCAGGAGCUCAGCGAGGAUAUUAAAAAGUUCAAGACCUCUAUUGACGAGCUGACGACAUUUCGUGAAGCCCUCAAAGCAACUGUCGAAGAGCUGCAGCCUUACGAGAAGGUGCUUGAUGAGGUCGUCGAAGUGUCGGACAUUUUCGUCUCUCCCAAGGAUUGCAUGGAUCGUUGCGAUGCGCUGAUGCUGGCUCAGGUGGAAAUCAAUGAUUUGGAGGUCAAGAAACUGCGGGAAAUUGAGGAGAUGCGGCAGCACAUGGUAAAGAUCACCAGCGAGGCAGCUCUCACUGUGUUGGGUCUAAAGAACGAUUUAUCUGUCAUGGAACGUUCAUAUAAUGAGUCGCGGGCUCAGUGCUUGAAGUGGGAGAAGAUUCUGGAGGCGACUAAGGAUGUAAUAGCUGCUCGGUAUUUGGAAAAGCAGCGCAAUAUGAAUGCAAUCCAUUCCCUGUACUUCAUGUUGUGUCGACGACGAGAUGUUUCUCCUCAUAUACGUCGACGAAAUAUGGAGAAGGUAUUGGACUUCAUUAAGGGCGAGCUUUAUCUGCUGCAGGAAAUCUUGAUGGAGCUCGAAAAGCCGGAAGCGAAGUUUUAAAAAGUUAGAAUAACUGCCGAGUGCGACAACACAUUUAACGCAUUUCUUUAAAUAAAUAUUU